AUGGAAGCCCGGACCAAAGAAAAAUCUAGAUCACUGUCACCUAUAAUAAGAUCUAUAAGCCGAAAACCACAGAGCUCACCGAAAAGUAAAAUAUUAACAUUUUCAGAUGAAAGCGACGCUGCUCUAAACAUUAACAUCCAAAGCAACGAUGACAACAGGAACGACAACAUUGAUCAAAAUACUGAACACACUAUCAAUAUGCUUCACCAUGAAGGAAUACCACCUCUAGAAAUCUACUCUGAAGACAGUCUGGUAACAUUUGAUAAAUGGAGUAAAAAGUUCUUAGAAAGAAUUAAAGUAUUUGGGGCAAAACUUUCUGAAGAAGAAAAAUUAAAUCGACUUUCAUUAUUUUUAGAAGACACUCCGAAACAAAUUUUAGAAAAACUAGAACCUGUCAAAAAGGCAACUGUCCAAGAUGCAAUUAAAUUUAUUAGAAAAGAAUUAGAUUCACCACAACGCCGAGUGCUCUCCCGACAGGCACUCUCCUUUUGCAAACAACAUGAAAAUGAAAAUGUCAAAGACUUUCUGGCACGCUUUAGACCUAUUGCUUUAGCAACAGCAACUGAUUAUGAAGGUCCUGCUUUAGAACGACAUUUAUGUGAACUUUUACUUGAACGACUAAAGCCAAGCAUCUCAUUCUACAUGAAAUUAUUAAACUUCACGCAAACUGGUAGAAGUUUUGAACAACUAUGUAUGGACGCUCGAGAAGUUGAAAUAAUGCUCCCGGCUGUUAGUGGAACUGCUCCACUCAAUGCAACACAACACGAACACUCUCAAUUGAACGCCGUACAACAAGAACAAUCCAAUUACAUGAUCAAGCCAGGUAGGUUUCAAACUUUGAAUCAAACUAACCCAAACAGAGAACAACCUCGAAAUGGCUGGAGAUACAAUCCAAACGGGUCUUAUCCAAGAAACCAAAAUAAUUCUAGAUAUUUUCAGGGCAACAACCGAAGCCGACAACAAAUAAGAGCACCUGACAAUGAACGACGAUGGAAUAAUCGACCUGUAUGCAACUACUGUCAAAAAGUCGGACAUUUUGCCGCCAAUUGCCGUACCCGCUUGACUGACUACAUGAAUAGACAAAAUGGAAAUCCUCAAAUGGUACAAGGUACAUCUAAUCAAAGUAAAGAUGAGAGGUAUAGUGAUACUCUAUUAAAAGAAAUUUUAACGGGAAUUCGUAAUCUACAAACUGGGUCUCAAAAUUCGGCAGGACCCUCCCAGCAAAAUUUAAAUUCUAUUGAAGUUGGGAAUAAAAAGCCAUUACAAGUAAAUGAGAAUAAAAAUAAUUCUAAAAAGGAGUCUGAAAUAAAAAUUUCUUCUUGGGAAUCAAAAUCCAUAGGACCAAAACUAUUUCCUUUACUAAUGCUAAUUGCGAUAAUAACAUCCUGCGGCGCAACAUUUAGCGUCCCGACACCUCGAAUGCCUAUGAUAUGCCAAAUGGAAAAACAAUCAACGAUUUGGGCAUUACCACAACUCGCGCACUGCCCUUCCCUAGAAAAUAACAUGUCACACAUACCAGUACCACAAACCAGGUCUCUUUAUGUUCUGAAUGAUCUUGAAUAUACCACAGAAGGUUGGGCUUGUAGAAAAAUAAAGAAGUCUAUUAGAAAAUUUACCACACUCUCCAAUGUACCUGUUAAUGAGGCAAUAGGUUCAGAAAUGCUAGAAGUAACAAAUGAAGAAUGCACGCGCAUGAUUAAAGAAAAGCAAUGUAGUUUAGGCGCAAUGACUAAAGAAAAUGAUAUCUGGAGUACACAAAAUAAAUUGGAUGUUAGUCCAAAAAUGUGGCUACUAGGUUCCUUUUGGUGGACCACAGUAUCAGUCGAAAAUUGUUUAUUGUUUAAUUUACAAAUUAACUCACACUGGGGCGAACCUGUUAUUAGAACUCCACUAGGAAGCACGAAUAACUGCUCAUAUGCUAUAGGUAACUGCACAUUGGAAGACAAAACGGUCCUUGAAUGGGUCCCAAAUAAAAAUCAAUUAUGUAGAUAUUUAAAGUUUGGGGAGUAUAAUGGGAAAAUUUUGGACAACACUUGGCUCUCGGACGAUGCACAGUUAGCAUUACACUUUAACAAACCCCCUCAUAAAUUAACUGACUGUGGAAUAGAACUAGAAGUUUCUGAACAAGGAUUUGCCACAACCAUAAAAUCGACAAGACCUAAAAGAAGCUUAAACACUGAAAAAUUGCGUAUAGUAACUUCGCCUGAAAUGGCUGCUGAACUAACCUAUCUUGACACACAACUUGCCGAAACACUAACAUUUGCCUUUACUCACUCACUUAAAGCACUCUGCGACCAUUUAGAAGAAGUAAAAAGAUGGGCUCUAGCCUCGCUUAUUUCUAAUCCCACUGAACUUGCAAGAAUAAUAUUUGCAAAUAAUUAUUUAAUUGCAAAACGUGAAGGCUCCUCUUUAUUAAGAAUUUGGCCAUGUAUUGCACUAAAAGAAGAAGAAUUCAAUUUUAUUCCAACUAAUUUAGAAGAAUGUUUUGAACUCAUUCCCAUUCAACUAACUACUGAAAAUCAAACACAUUUGGCGUUUUUAGACCCAACGACAAUGAUAGUUCAACCAAUCUCAAGGAAGGCACCAUGUGCACAAUUUAAAAAUAUAAUUUUAGAACUAAAUCAUGAAACUUUAGAAAUUAAUCAACUAACUGGGGAAGUAAAAACGGUCCAUCCAAGAUUAAUUAAAAAGAAUGAAUUAAGGGCAUUUGACAUACCAGAAAUUAAGGCCCACUCAUUUCAUCAACUAGUCUUAGUAAACCUAACAGACAUUAACACGCACACUUACAUGACUAAUUUUGCCAAACUUAGUGAACUCUCAUACAGAAUUGAAAAUAAAGACAUGAUUAUAACUAAAACACUGUCAGAACAGUGGAAAGAAGCAAGCAUGAAUUUAACAAAAGAAGUAUUAGGUGAUUAUACUUGGGCUUGGAAAGUAAUAGCAACAAUUUUAAUCUCAAUCUUAACCUUAGACUUAAUUAUUCGUUGGGGUUUGAAAAUUUUAGAAGUAUAUUUAGGAAAUGGGCGUUUAGGCCGACUACUAAUUGGGAAGAAUGUACUUAAUAGUACACAAAAAGCUUUGGAUGCUACGGCAUCUACUAAUCACUCUCAUGACAUAAAAGAAAAUGGCUUGAGACAAGAAAACAAACAAGAGGUUAAAUCAUGGAUCCCCAAGGUAUCUAAGUAUCCUAGUCCAGACAUAACACCGGAUCCAGUAGUCAACACACUUACAAUAGAACAUCAAAUAAAUUCAGUCUAUCCGAGUACCGCAGUCACACGAAUUUUAAUUAAUAAUAAACCGCUUAACUGCUUAAUUGAUACUGGUGCAAGCAUUUCAAUUGCUCCUCUAUCCUUAGCUAAAUUUUUGGACGCAAAUAUAGAACCCACAAAAAUAGGUAUAACCUCCGCCUCAGGGCAUGAAAUCUCAGCUAAUGCAUCAAUGCACGUUCUUAUGGAUAUAAGUGGUCAUAAACAAAUUGCUAAAAUUAAUCUCGUAGAGGACAAUCAAUUAAUUGAGAGGCGAAAUUACCAAUUAAUAAUAGGAUGCGAUGUACUAAAAACAUUACCGACGGUAACCUUUGACUUUCCAAAAGGGAAAAUUUGGAUUGGAAAUAAAUCACUAAACUUGGGCACAGGUAACCUACCUUUAUUAACAAAUGUUAGGAUUGCAACUCUUGAAUCUAUAACAAUUCCCCCAGGGACAAAUAAAAUAGUUAAUGCGAAACUCGAAACAACUUGCGACUUUGAAUAUGCAGUUUCACAUUCUCUAGAUGAACGCUUAAGUUCUGAAAAUCUCGGUCUAAUCAGUACUGUAUUUAAAGCUUCCGACAAAAUUGCUAGUUUAUUAAUAACAAAUCCAACUAACGCCCCUAAACAUAUUUGUAAGGGCAUGCACAUAGCCUAUGCUAAUGAACUAAAAGAAAGUAAUGAAGGGCCGUGGCUAACAGAAAAUACAAAAAAUAAUUUUAGUGAAUUAAAUAAAUUUCGUGUACUUGAAAAUAUGGUUAAUGCUUUAGACGAAGACCCUGCUUUUAAAAUAGAUUUUUCAAAAAGUUCUGUUACGGGAAAUGACUUACAAAAAUUAAAGGACCUAUGCGAAGAAUUCUCUGACAUAUUUAGUAAAAGUCAAUAUGAUCUUGGGUCAUGCUUAGUAGGGGAGCAUGACAUAAUUACGACUACCGAUGAACCAAUUUCUACUAGACCUCACAGAGUUCCAUUCAAGUACCAAGAAGAAUUCCACGAACAUAUUGACAAAUUACUUAAAUCAGGUGUUAUGAUUAAGUCUGAUACACCAUGGGUUUCGAACAUUGUUCUUGUCCAGAAAAAGGACGGAGGACUCAGACCAUGCAUAGACUUUAGAAAACUCAAUGAAAUAACUGUUCCGGACCAUUUUCCACUGCCUAGAUUUGAAACAAUUAUGGAAAAAGUAGGAAGUUGUAGCUUUUAUUCACUGCUAGAUUUGUCCAGUGGCUAUUUACAAAUUAGGCUCACUGAGCGAGCGUCACGCAAAUGUGGACUCAUAACUGAAAAUGAAAUUUAUCAAAUGACUCACAUGCCUUUCGGACUUAAAAAUGCGACAAGCGCGUUUGCACGUGUAAUGGCACAUGUAAUUAGUGGACUUGAAGAUAGUGUCAUAGCUUAUGUAGACGACUUUUUAAUUUUUACCAAAGCUCCUGAAUUUGAAAAACAUCUCGAUGCCCUUAGGCAAGUAUUUGACAGAUUAAGGAAAUAUUAUCUGAAAGUAAGCCCGAAAAAAUGUAUACUAGCCUCUACCCAAAUGAACUUUCUAGGACACACAAUUAAUUCCUCAGGCUAUUCCCCAAGUCUAAGCAAAGUAGAAACAAUAACAAACCUUCCAGUACCUAAAACCCUCAAGGAAGUAAGACAUUGUGUUGGGAUGGCUUCCUUUUUCAGAAAACACAUACCAAACUUUUCAAUGAUUGUUGAGCCUCUCACUAGACUCACUCGUAAGGAAAUUACUUUCAAAUGGGAAGAAGAACAGCAAAAAGCUUUUGAAGAAAUUAAAAAGAUUUUAAGCAGCGAACCAGUUCUUGUAUUUCCAAAUUACAAUGAACCAUUUCAUGUUUUCACGGAUGCAUCGCAAACUGGACAAGGUGGAGCACUCAUGCAAAAAGAUAAAGAGAAAAAUACUUACAAAGCAAUCGCAUACUGCAGCAGAUCCUUAUCAAACUCAGAGCGCAAAUGGCCCCCAGUACAAAUUGAGCUAGGCGCAAUUAUUUAUGCACUGCGUCAAUUUCGUCCGUUUAUAUACAUGGCAGAAGUAGAACUACACACUGACCAUAAACCGCUGGCAUAUCUCAUGGAAAAGGCACAAGCACACCCGAAUCUAGCGCGCUGGCUAAUAGAGUUACAGAAUUACAUUAUAAAAAUUGUUCAUGUAUCAGGUAAAGAAAAUUUAUUAGCUGACGCACUCUCAAGAGCCAUCACAAAAGAAGACACAAAAAGUGAAGAGUUAGAAGAUAUAGCAGAAUUCCCAGUAUGCCUCAACCUACAACAAAACGAAGUUUUAAAUAUAGAAGAUUAUAUUCCGAGAAUAACGCUAAAAAGACAGGACGGGCAAAGAUAUUCAAUCAAUAUUUUAAAAGAACAAGAAGAUGAUUUUGAAGCUUCAGCCUUCACUAAGUUUAUAGUUUCAGGAGAAAUUCCAAAAGAAAUUCCCGCAGAGGAUGAAGAAAAUUUUACACUAGCAGCUGCGAACCUUGAAUUAUCAAAUGGGGUACUUUAUCAGAAAAUAGGUGAUUUGAAACCACGGCUUUUCAUACCAGCCUCACUUAGGGCACUAAUUUUUGACUCAUUCCACUCAUCACAAUUAGGCGGGGGACACAUGGACUUAAAGAAAACUCUCAAAAAAUGUAGAAAAUAUUACUGGCCUAGAAUGCACUCCGACAUUUUAAGAUGGACGCGCAACUGCAUAACUUGCCAAUUAAGACAUUCACCCAAUCCUCCAUACAGAGCUGAAAUGUAUAUGGUCCCAUCCAACACACUUUUCGCAAAAGUAGGGCUUGAUUUAGCAGGGCCAUUCCCAGUAACCCAAAAAGGAAACAAACAUUUAAUGAAUAUAAUCUGCUGGUUCACGAAAUAUGUAAUUGCGGUACCAGUCCCAGACACAAAAGCAAUAACACUAGCACGCGCAUUUUUAACUAACUGCUACCUCAAAUUUGGAGGCUGCACUGAACUAAUCACAGACAAUGCUACUGCAUUUACCAGCGAAUUUUUCCGAGAUUUUUGCUCCAUGCUCUAUAUAAACAAAAGUUAUGCCACCCCUCACUGGUCGCAAGGCAACGCUGUUACGGAAAGAUCCUUCAGAACUUUCCACAAUAUAAUUUCGAAAUAUAUUAGUAAAGACCAGCCAGACUUUGACGAACUCAUAGACGCCGCGAGCUUUUGCUAUAACACAUCAAUUCACACUUCUACAGGGGAAACACCCUUUUUCCUGAUGUUUGGAAGGGAUCCCAUAUUUUGUAUAGAUCAAAUAAUAGACCCUUCGAUAAGCAACUCUAUGAUUAGCAAUGACAUUUCCGAAUUUAAACAAAAAUUAGUCACAUCAAUAAGGACUGCAUGGGAAGCUGCCGCGGAAGCGAACAAGCACGCGCAACUAAAAGCUAAAGAACAAUAUGAUAAAUUAUUAAGAAACCCCACAAUAACGGUAGGAGACAGAGUUCUCUUGAGAAAUUAUGCAGGCAAAGUAGGAACUUCGAAAAAAUUUCAUAUGCCUUGGAAAGGUAUAUUCAGGGCUGUAAAAAUAGAAGGACCACACGUAACAAUUACUAGUUGCAACUCACCUAGCGCAGCUCCAAGGGUAGUACACAUAAACCAAUUAAAGAAAUGUUUUGAAGAAUUACCCCCUGCUUGUACAAGUCCCAAAUUAUCACCUGAAGAAGAGAAAUGCCUAGAUGAGGCAGGUUUAGGAGGAAACGAGACACAAGAUUUUACAAAUAAUAACGAAAUUGAACAGGAUAGAAAUACAGUUGAGAGAGAAAAGAGUCCAGAGUUAGAAGAAAUCCCACCUCAAAAACAAAAGAGAUAUAACUUAAGAGUAAAUCCAAAACCCCGUAGGCUGUCCAUUGAAUAA